AUGUAUUCUUUAUGGAAAGAGUUAAGCAAUCAGGUGAAAAAGAAAGCUGAAAAUAUAAAUACAAUUUUAAAUGAAAUAAAUGUAAAUAUAGAAUCGAAUAAUAUAGAAAAUGAUGAUACAAAUACGAUAAGUUUAAAAACAAGUAUUAAUAAUAAGAUCAAUGAAAUAAAUAAUAAAUAUAUAAUAAAUGCAACUGAAUCUCCUGAGUUUAUAUAUUACAAUAAUAAAAUCGUAAAUGGUAUUAACAAUUUUAAAAAAAUAGUUACUGAUAUAUAUAAUGAAAAAAUAAAUACAAAUAAUGAUGAAAAUAUAAACUAUCAUAAUUCUAAUUCAAUCGUAAAUGAUUGUAAAAUAUAUUUAUCCCGAAUUGUACCAUGGAAAAAAGGGGAUAUUAUGGUUUCAAAAAUUUACAGAAAAAAAUAUGGUGAGUCUUUUCCUAUCAAAUUACCUGAUAAUAAUAUUAAUCAAAUUGUUUAUGAACAAAUAUUAAAAUUAAAUAAAGAUAAAAAUAAAAUUAUUAAUACUGUGGUAUUACAAAAUUAUAAUUUUAAUUGGGAAAAAAAAAAAAUACAAACUGAUGAAAUUCUUAAGCAAGACAAUAAUUUAGUAAUCACAAAAAAUUCUAUUGUCCCUCAAUACAUGAAUGAAAUAGCUUUUUGGAAAUCCUAUUAUUUUAAUAUUGAUAUUAUAUACAACGAAUUAGCAGACUAUAUUCAUGAAAACAAGCAGACAAUAUUUGAUGAGUACAUUCAAGCUGAACAUGCAAAGAGAAGAAGUAAUGACAUGAUUAAUUAUUCCGAUAUAUAUGACAACACAGAGAAUAAAUAUGCAUUCCCAGACCGAAACAACUUAGUAACCUUUUCCUACUCUGCAUCAUCGUCCUUUAUUAAAAGCUUUGAUGAUGCAUAUAAUGAAACUAAAAGGUUAGCAGACAAAAAUGAAUCUACUGAAUUGAUAGAUACGCAUUUAACUGAAAUGAAAAAUUCUAUUUUAAAUCCUAACAAUUAUAAUAAUAUUGAAAAAAGUGAACCAUUAAAAUGUUUGGAAAAAGAAACUAUACAAGAUAAAAACAACAUAUGCUAUGAUAGUAAAAUAAAUAAAAUAAAGAUGGAUAGUGAUAGUGAAGAAGUUCUUUUCCAUUUUGAUGACCCAAAUACGAAUUCUUCUCUUACUAAUAAUUUGAAAAAUAAAAAUUGCAAUCCUAAUGAUAGCACUCAAAAUGAAACUUCUCAAACUUUGAAUAUUCAAACAGAUUCAAAUAAAGUUAGAGAAAAAUAUAAAGAGAUAAAUAUAGAUGAGUUUAAUUUUGGUGAAGAUAUUAACUUUGGUGAUGACAUAAAUUUUGAUGGCAUAAAUAAAUUUGAUGCCAAGGAGUUAGAACAAUUUGAAAAAGAUCUCUUGAAUGCUUAA